GGAACAGGGCAGAUAAGCUGGCCGAGAGCGUCUAGAGCGAACGCGUUUCGGGAAGGGAAAAAAAAAAAAACAACAACAACAACAACACGCCGAGGCAGAGACACACCACAGACACAGACGGUCCGAUCGUCUCACGGUCCCUCUGCAAGGACUUGCUGCUCCUCGGCGAACUGCGUGAGCAUACUCCGCAUUCGCUUCCGAAAGCGGAGAUUUUUUUUUUUGUCAGAGGAAGGGGUGAAUAUUUCUCGAGUGAGCCUGGCGGUUCUGAUGACCUCUGGAUUUGCGGCACUAAGCUUUCCCCUCAGGACGAAGUUCGCACAGUUGCACUGGUGCUGGGAGCCCCCCCAAGCCGGCCACAGCGUACCUGGACGCGUGCUUCGGCUUCCGGGCACCCGGCGUGAAGCUCCCCUCCUGCCCAGUGACACGUUCGCUCCCUGUCGCCACUGAGACGCCGUUUGAUUUCCUCCUGGUGACACUCUGCCGGUCGCUGCCUUGCCCUACUUUUUGCCGGAUGGAAAUAAAUGGAAAAGCAAGUUGAGGAUUAAGCCUGCGGGUUCCCGUCAAACGCUCUUGGUAUUUUUAGGGUUUCGCGAGAAUCGUCUGCUAUGCUGUAACGUGCGAACUGGCUAAGAGGAUGGUGAUGUCUGUGCCGUGAGCUCAGACGCGGCUUGAGAAUGAAACCAGCCCCCUGUUUUUAGGAGUCUGUAGCUGAAAUGCUUUUUAAAUGAGGUGAGCGGUAAUUUCCGGCACUUUCUGCGAGGCGGCCGCCCGGUCGGUUUUUCUCCAUCAUACAGGCGUUAUGCGAAAAGCGAAAAUGUCUUGGUGAAGUCAAGACGAGAGUCAUUUGGCACACUGUGCUUCUCCCAAACCCCCGUCCGAAGAGGAGCUGGGACCCUCCUGUAUAAGGCAGGACCUGUCUGUCUUGCCGCCCGUCCCCACCCCCCCUCCCCCCCCCGUCCUGGGGGUUCCAGUGCCCCUCGAGACUGAGGCACGUCUGAGUGCUGCUGGAGCUCCCCCUGGGAGCAGCUCGCCCAAUAAGGCCCCCCCAUAACCACGACAACCCCCAGACUCGUCACACGUGCCCAGGCCAGACCAUCCUCACUUCUGCUACCCCCACCCCCAAACACCACCCACUAAAGGCUCCAUCCUGGAAGGACAGAGACCACCUGCUGUGGGGACCGUGCUGUCCUGUGGCCUGCUUGGAGAGGCGAACCUUGCCGUGCCGCGGGGAAGGCUGGCCGGCCGAGGGAGCCGCUCGACUUCGGGGCCCGCCACUCCGGACCCCGGCCAUGAGGUUUGAUGCCUCGAUCCUUUGACUGGAGACACUGGACCUAAAUGGCGCAGCAUGACUUUGUCCCAGCCUGGCUUAACUUCUCCACGCCUCAGCCCACCAAGUCCCCUGCAGCUGGUUUUGAGAGGCCCGGAGAGCACCUCCCCCGUGGCUCAGGCCGACCCGGCGUGAGCAGGAGGCGCCACAACUCAUCUGAUGGCUUCUUCAACAACGGGCCGCUCCGAGCCCCGACAGGCGAAGCAUGGCAGCAGCCAUCGCUGCUGCGGCACGAUUCGGUGGACUCGGGCGUGUCCAAGGGGAGUCAGAGCGGGCUGGCAGGCGGGGGCCCUGGCUGGAAGGAGACUCCCAGCUGGCACUCGGCACCGCGUGCAGGCGAGGCGCCACACCCCCACCCCCACCCCCACCACCGUCAGAAGCGGGGGGAGCGGGAGCGGGAGCGCCAGGGCCAUCGGCAGCGUGGUGGUACUGUCCACCCGAGGAAGGCUGCCCCCUUCCAGGACAAGUUCUCCGGAGAGGAGCGCAGGGAUGGCAAGGAGGAGAAGCUGAAAUUUGUGGACGAAGAUUUUCCCUCUCUUAACUCAGAAGCUAGCGGAAAGCCUGCAGGUCAGACGCGAGUCUUGGCACCCCCUGCUGGAGUGUGGGAAAACCCCCCCAGCACCAAGCAACCCGUCUCCAAGAUGCUCGUCAUUAAGAAAGUCUCUAAGGAGGACUCGGGUGCUGUGUUCUCCGCUGGCUUCGCCAGCACCGGUUUCCUGCCCACCAAUGGCAACAAAGUCCCCAUCUCCGGCCCGAGCAUUUACAAAAACCUGGUGCCCAAGUCCACUGCCGCCACAAAGGCUGGGGCUGUGCAGACAGGCCCUUGGAAAGCCAAUGGAAGGGAGGCUAAACCAGCCCUGCACCUCUCCGGCCAAGACUCCGCCUUUGUCAGCCCUGUCUCUGCACCCAAACCCCAGGCCUCCGUCAGCACCCCUUCCCAAGCUGUCCCCAGGGAGCUCCCCUCCAGCACCACCCCGCCCAUUGACAUCACGCCACCGCGGCUCAAACUGAUGCGGCGCGGCCCUGACCGCAAGAGUGACUUCCUGAGGGCCCUGAAGGACGAGCGCAAUGGCGAGCGGAGUUCCAGUGGCAGUCCUGGGACCUUGGGAGAGGGCGAGGGCAGCACUCCGGACGCCAAGGGGUACGGCGAAGGCGUCUGCCACAAAAAUGGCAUCGCCCAUUCCCUCAGCGACUCGGACAACGAGCCCCAGUUCCUCUCCAGCUCCCUCGAGGCUGAGCACAGGUUGCUGAAGGCGAUGGGUUGGCAGGAACAUCCGGAGAAUGACGAGAGCUUCCAACCCCUGACAGAAGACGAGCUGAAGGAAUUUCAGACGAAAACUGAACAGCUGAAGAAGAACAGCUUUGGGAGGAAUGGCCUGCUUCUGAAGACAAGGGGCGUCACCCUGCAGUACGCCCCCUGGAGGCACACCGUGGACCUGGAUGUGGACGAGAGCUCCGAAACAAGCAGUAGCCAGACCUCGGACGACGAGAAUACCUAAGAGAUUCCUCUCUCUCUUUCCGAAGUUUUUUUUUUUUCUUUUCUUGCACAAGGGAAACAAUCAUAUCCCAUCGAAGAAGGAAAUGUCAGCUUCUGUAGCAGUUUUUCUUCCGGCUCCCUGUCGUCUCCAUCUCCCUGCUUUAUGGGACUGUGUUUGGCAGAAGGAAGGGUGAUGCACAUGAGAUUUUGCUUUAAAUGAAAAAACGGAGAGGGAAAAAAAAGACUAACUUAUAAUGAUGAAGAGAUUAACAAUAAAAAGGUUGAGUUCCUAAUGAAGUGAUACACCUUCGGGCAGAACUGGCUGUGAGGGGCUUGGGGGGGGGGGUGUGCGUGUGACAAGGACAUGGAAAGCCUAGAACAAUCCGUGUAAUAAAUGAGUAAAUGAGUGAAGCCAGUUUUGUCUGGAACCAUGAUCAGCUCCACUUCAAAUAAAGUGCUGUUUGUCAGGGUAGAUUUGUGCACUAGUCACUAAAGCACUAGUCAGUGAUUUACCAUGAUCAGGUCUUACCUGUAUUCCUACCACUAUCAAAGCAUGUGGGGUCUCCUCUCUCUACCCCUUAUUUGGACACCUUUGUUUCCAAAAUCAGUCAUACCCCUCUGCCUCAUUCUUGAAAAUUUUUCAUAAUCAGCCUGGUGAAUAUUGCAAAAAUAGUGAUGGUGCCAUUGUUGACGGCCAGGCUCACACCGUCUUCUACACAGAUACUGCUUCAGUGACCAAUAUUUGUGUAACUCCAUGGCAUGUAAGAGGAUGGUUUUAUUUUGACUCAAAACAGGCAGUAAAUGAUAGCUGGUGUACAAAUUACUAAAAAAUUAUGAAAUUCCUUCUAAUUAAUCUCAUUAGUGAAAUGGUAAAUUUUCUUUGUCCAGUUUGAAUUGCAGACGGAGAUUUUGGGCAGCUUUUAAAGGUAAUAAGCUGUAAGCGUCCCUGAUGGUGUUAAAAUACUUCCUUGAGUUUGUGCACCUGAUCCUACAGUUCAAAAAGUGACAUCAGUGUCCAUGAUUGUACUCUAAACCCAAGUGCCUGUUGCUAAAAGUUUGUAUACAUCCCAAAAUGGAUAAUGUACAGCUGGUAAGAAUUUCCAUAUAUAUUUUUCCAGGUUUCUGCCCUGACAUUUUAAAAUGAGCUUUUAAAAUCUG